CUCACUAAAGCCCACGCCAUUGAAUGCCUACAAAUGCAUAACCGUCUGCAACUUCCGACAACCGUCGUUGACCCCAUUUUUCAUUUGCUGAACCAACUCUACUCGACCCAUAAAACAGCGUGCCAAUGCCCCAGUCAACUGGAGUAUAUCUUGGCCAAUUGUCUAAAUGCUUCUUUAUGA